GGCAUCAAGACAGUAACAGGCUUAAUAUGAAGGCGUCUGCGCGUCCCUUUUACUCCUAGUGGUACUUGUAGAAGGAAGGGGAUUGGGAACAAAACAGAGAGAAAAAGACAGGUAAACUAGCAGCAAUAGAUUGAGUAAGACUCGCAGAGCGAGAGAGAGAGCUGAGGGUGAUAAAACUUACAGGAUUGUCGAAGCUGAUGCAAACACAAAGAUUAUCGGGAUUGCAACGAUGUGUGUUUUGACAGCUGAUCUGAAGAUUUGUUCCCUUGUGUAAAGGAGACAGACAGAGGUUUAUUUUAACAUAUACAACAGGCUUUCCUGCCAAAACAUUGGAGACUUCAGCGUUGUGACUCCGGAUAAAGCUGGAUGCAAGACAAGGGCAGCUUGAACAGUAACCCUGACCCGUGGUCAGUGACAGGACUCAUGCACUCGGCUUCAGCUUGCGAGAUGAACUCCGGCAAUGCCAAAGAUUACCUUUCCAAAAAGGAGAUACCUCAACUGUUCGAGAGCAUGUUGACGGGGCUGAUGUACUAUCGGCCUGAUGACCCGAUUGAGUACCUUGAGGGAUGUUUGCAGAGAGUUCGAGAGCUGGGAGGACUGGAGAAAGUGAAGUGGGACACGUUUAUUACCCAGGAGCGUCAGCUAUUGCCCCCAAUUAACGGUGGGCAAGGGAAGAAGCCAGUAUUCCGAUCAGAACCAAGCGUUGCUCCUUAUCGUCGCUAUGACCGUCUGCCUCCAAUCCAGGCUCAGUUUUCAAUUGAAAGUGACUCUGAUAUGACAGAAUCAUCUGGGCUGAUUCAAGAAUAUGAUGUGUUUGACCGAACCAAGGCCAGGCCAUGCAUUAUUUUUGUCAUUGGUGGUCCUGGGAGUGGGAAGGGAACACAGACGGCCAAGAUGGCCAGGCAAUAUGGAUUCGAGCCCAUUUCAGUGGGAGAGAUCUUACGUCGACAGAUGCUGCACCAUGCCACCAGUGACCGCAAGUGGGAGCUCAUCGCACAGAUCAUUGCCAAUGGGGAGUUGGCACCUCCAGAGACAGCUAUUGAGGAGCUAAAGCAUCAGUUUAUGAAGCACCAGGAUGCAAAAGGCUUCAUCGUGGAUGGGUUUCCCAAGGAGAUCAGCCAAGCGUUUACAUUUGAAGAGCAGAUCGGUUCCCCCGACCUGGUGCUGCUGCUGGCCUGUUCCAACCACCGCUUACGACAGCGCCUGGAGAAGCGAGCCGUGCAGCAGGGUAGGCCAGACGACAACAGUCACGCCAUUGAGCGCAGGGUGGAAACCUUCAAACAGAACAUCAACCUGAUCGUGAAGUAUUACCAGGAGAAGGAGCUCAUUGUUCGGUUGGACGCAGAUCGUGAGGAGGAUGAAAUAUUCUGUGACAUCAAUGCUGUGGUUUUGAAGAGACUGUUCCCAGCAGGAAGAGACGAGCUGGCUGGGCAGGAGAUGCAGCGGGCCUGUGACAAGGGCAUGAGAGAAGGGGACUGGCUGGAUGUACAGACGGAAGGCUCGUCACCCACAGAGGACACCGCAAUGGCAGAUAAACUGAAAGAUUGCAAGAUUAUCUUUGUUGUUGGUGAGUACAGAAUUGACUUAUACUCAAUAGUUCAGUGUUUUUGUAAAAUUAACUGAACGACUUAACGAGAAAUGCUUUCGAAAAAGUGAUUCCUCACUGGUACAUUACCUGGAUCUU